UGCCAUCACAGUCAUUCCCAUGCGUGAUAGGCCGCAUAGGGGGAAUUCUAACGACGCGCCGGGCACUUCUGUGCGCUCACGCAACAGAAGCCCCAGGGAUAAACGGUUCCCCGCAUUUUUUGAAUCAUUCCAUGCACUGCGCGAAAGCUCGAGGUGGAAGCAAAACUGGCGAGAAAGGAUUCCGACUCGAAUUCAAUCUCGGAAAGUAAAAUGGCAACUGUGGGUCCCAGGAUAUGCUCCAAGAGAGACCACACUAGAGGUCGUAACUUUGGUUUAUCUCUGCAGAAGAAGCAAGAAAUCAAAGCAGCUUUUGAGCUGUUUGAUACAGAUGGAUCUGGAACCAUUGAUGCCAAAGAAUUAAAUAUUGCUAUGAGGGCCUUGGGGUUUGAAAUUUCGGAUGAGCAAAUUGAUGAGAUGAUUGCUGAAGUUGACCUAAAUGGAAGUGGUGCAAUUGAACUUGAUGAAUUUGUAUGCAUGAUGACUGAUAAAAUGGAAGAAAGGGACAUUCUGGAAGACCUGCAUAAAGCUUUUCAAAUCAUUGAUUACGACAGUGAUGGUAGAAUUUCUGCAGCAGACAUUAUGAGUAUCUCAAAAGAGUUGGGUGAAAGCUUCACCUACAAAGAGAUUAUGGAAAUGAUAGAAGAAGCUGAUCAGAAUGGCUAUGGAAAUGUGGAUGAAAAAGACUUCAUUAGCAUGAUGAAAAGAACCAACUUCGGUUCUGAGAUGAAGAGCAAAUUUUGAAAUUCAUUAAUCUUGAAAUGAAGCGGAGCGGUGUUGAAGUCCGAGGAAAUUUAUACUCUAAACAUCAACUCUUUCUUCUCUGUAGGCUUUCUAGUGUAAAUUCUGUAAUUACUCAUAUUUCUCGUUUCCAAACCCUUGUUAAUUGUUCUUUUAUGUGCUAAACCAAGAAUGCCUUUAAAGAACUUCUGCAUCAAAUGAUUAAAUAAAUAAUAAUGAUUUUCAGGGAUU